UUGCCUGUUACAAAAAAGCUUGUUUUCAGCUUGCUGUUACCAAGUAGAUGGCUACACCAACGGAGCAGACAGAUAUCCUAGAUCAUGUUGCAAUAGAAAUUCCAAUACAUGCUUAUGACUCUCUUGUAAUUCCCCUCAAAGAAAGGAUGGAAACCAUUGCUACUGCAAGAUGUAUCUGCAGAGUCAAUGAGAGCCUCCUGAAGAAAAAUGAAAACCAAUAUAUCCCUCAGAAUAUUUCCAUUGGUCCCUUCCAUCAGGAGAAGAACAAUUUAAAAUCAAUGGAAGUGCAUAAGUGGCGAUAUUUAUAUUCACUCCUGAAUCGAAAACCUCAUCUGGAAGCUACACUGGACAAAUGUGUGAAAACUUUAAGAGAGCUAGAGCAUAAAGCAAGAUUGUGCUAUGAAGAUCAUGAACAGAUAAAAAUACCAAGUAAUGAAUUUGUGGAACUCAUGCUAGUCGAUGCCGGUUUCCUCAUCGAGCUCUUCCUCAAGUAUGCUAUAAAGGGUCUAAAACGCCGUGGUGAUUAUGUAUUUAACACGUCUGGAUUGCUGUACGAGUUGAGGUGUGACAUGCUAUUGUUAGAAAACCAGAUUCCCUAUUUCAUUCUUCAAAGAUUGUUUGAAAUUGUACCUAUUCCUGAACAUUGUAAACUGUCCCUCACUGAACUUGCCUUCCGGUUCUUUAAAGAUAUGAUUCCAGGAGAUCACAGACUUCAUCUGGUGAAAUUCGGGCAAGAAGGAAACCAUUUGCUUGACUUGAUCCGGCACUGUUUCCUCCCAACAAUUCCAAGAGUCAAAGUAAAGAAAGAAGAAGGAAUUAGAGCUUUGCCUUAUAAGGCAACUAAGCUCAAAGCUGCUGGAAUUAAGCUGAAGAAGGCUUCAACGGAGGACUUACUAGACAUAAAAUUUGUCAAAGGUGUUCUCCAAAUUCCGCCUAUACAAGUACAUCAAUAUACAGAAAGGCUCUUCAGGAAUCUCAUUGCCUUUGAGCAGUGCGGUUCUCAGAACACGCUGCACAUCUCAUCCUAUGUACUUCUGAUGAAAAGCCUACUCCAGGACGAAAAAGAUAUGAAACUACUCAAACGAAAGCAGAUCCUGACAAACUAUGAUUUCAUUGAGAAAAAACAGGUUACAACCUUGUUUCAGAGGCUAUGCGAGGAGAUGAAUGUGAUGGAGAAGGUGAACGAAUUCUACUAUGAUGGGCUUUGUGAACAAGUGAAAGAGGAUAAAAGAACCAGUUGGCAGCUGCAAAAUUGGAAGCCAAUGAAGCCUGGAUAUCUCCAACAACCUCUGCCUCGAAUUGUGAUUGUCAUUGCAGUUUUGUUGAUCAUCCUCAUCUUGGUUGGAGCUUUGUUCUCCAUAAUCUCCUUUUUUCGACACAGAUUUUAGGAAAAAAAUUAUUCAUGAGUGUGUUCCAUUGCUUUUUUUGUUGAAACAAUAAAACACUGCUCCAAUUUUCAAUACCAUUUGAUAUCAGAAUCAUAAACAACCUUAAGA